CUAUGCUCAGCUGCCCAAUCAAGCCAAGCGUCAUAAUUAUCGUGUUCUCACGACGACGCAGCAACGCGUUGCAACCCCGAAAUCACUCAUUAGAAAACAACCUACUCAUCCUUUGCCCCCUUGAGUCAUCCGUCCUCACUAGAAAUCGUAGAGGUCUACAGACUUUGGUUCGCUUUUUGAAUCCGUCCGUUCUAAGCUGAUGCUAUGGUCCGCCUGUCCAACGCUUUUGUGAUCCUCGGCCUUAUUGGCACCAGUCUUGCUGUCGCCGCGCCGCAGUUCGAUCAAGGGGCGGAGUUGCGUAAGUCAGAAUGCGAUAAUGGCUGCUUAGAUGACAGCUUCCCGGGCGGUUCAUGUACGAAUGACCCGGCCUGCAUGUGCACCCAUCACAAGUAUCGUGAGGCGUACUUUUGCUGUAUGGCCCAGAAGUGUGACCCUGAUGUGAUGCCUGAAUCCAUCGAGCGCCAGCAUACAGAAUGCCAGGCCAGGAACCUCGAUUUCACCUUUGACGCUGAAAAGGUCUGCGGUAUCAAAAUAAAGGAAAGUGGUACCUCUACGGCCUCUCCAACCACGAGCGAAGCCACAGCUACUUCGCAUGCUUCACACGGAUCUUCAGCGACAUCGGCCUCGGCCUCUACGACCUCGGAUGGAGAAACCACCAGUAGCACCAAAGGCGCUGAGAGUGCUUCAAGUACUGCUCAGAAGUCAUCUAAAGGUACUGCAGCCCCUGUGACUGACAGUGCACCACGGUUGAGUGUCCCUCUUAGGGUAGUUAGUGUGCUAUUCGUGGUUGCGGGGAUGCUUCUCUAGGUCGAAAUACUUGGUUUGUUAAACAGCUAAUACUAAUAAACAAUACCACCAUUCCCUAUACACUCUUAUGAGAGCCCUAA